AUGACCAUAAUAAAAAUGAUCAAAGAAAAGGUACAGUAUCUCAACUACAUCAACUACAGUACCCCCCGAAAAAAUUCCGAAUUUUGCAGAAGCUUUUCCUAAUAACUAUAAGCCUAAUAAUAAUAAUCUUGCUGUCAAUUGGAAUAAUUGUGUAUUUUAUGUCGAAAUCCGAGUCAAAACCAGAAAAACAUGCAGAACAUCAACAUUUUGAUGAAAUAGUUACAACAACUCAAAAAAUCGGACCAUUUCAUCAUGUGAUUCUAUUGAAAAAUGAUGAUUUGCGGAUUUUCGAACUUCCCAAGAAUCUGGAACCGAUAAAAUAUGAUCUGAUGAUUCGAUAUAUCGAAAAAACUUUUGAUGGAGAGCUGAAAAUCAAGAUCAAAGUUCUAGAAGCCACAAAUAUUAUCACUUUGAAUUCAGAAGAAUUGACGAUUCGAAAUGUGACUAUUGACAUAAAUCAAUUGGAAUAUUUGCAUAUUCAUCAAAAUUAUAUAGAAAUAGUUUUGAUAGAAGAACUCGUGAAGGAUUCAGAAUUUGAAAUAAUUAUCAAUUAUUCUGGAAAUAUUCGGAAUGAUUCUCGAGGUUUCUAUAAUUCUUCGUAUUUCGAUGAAAAAAAUGAGCUAAAAAUUGCAUUGGCUACACAAAUGGAACCGAAUUCAGCGAGAUUAGUUGUUCCUUGUUUUGAUGAACCAAUAUAUAAAGCAAUUUGGAAAUUGACAAUUAUACAUUCGAAUGAAACGAAAGCUUUUUCGAAUGCUGAAUUGGAAGAUCAAGAAGAUGAUGAUGGAAGUUCAGGACAAAUAGUUUCGAAAUUUCAAGAUUCCCCCAAAAUGUCAUCAUAUCUUCUAGCUUUUGUUAUAUCUGAUUUUGCUUGUAUUUCAAAAAACACCACAAAAAAUGCGAUAAAAAUUCGAGUUUGCUCGAAACCCGAAGAAAAAGAUAAUCUGAAUCUAGCCUUGGAUACUGCGAUAAAAAUUCUGGACAAUUUUGAAACAACAUUUGGGGUGCCUUAUCCAUUGGGCAAAUUAGAUAUGAUUGAGGUGAAAGAAUUUCGAAGUGGUGCGAUGGAAAAUUGGGGAUUGAUAAUUUAUAAGGAGGGAAAAUUGAGUUAUAAUGAGGAAAUGAAUAAUUUGGAGGAUAAACGGAUGAUUCAAACAGUUAUUGCACAUGAAAUUGCUCAUCAGGUUAGGUUUGGGCUGAAAAUCAAGGCUUGCAUGAUUUUCAGCGCGAAAUUCUGAUCUAGAAACCUGAAUUUUGUGCUGAAAAUCAUGAAUAUCUUGAGUUUCAGCGAUUUUUAACGAUUUUCAGCACAAAAUUUCGACCGGGGAACUUUAUUGGAUGAAAAAAUCCGAAAAUAAAUUAAUUUCAUAUCAAACAAUGUUUCUAGACCAGAAUUUUGUGCUGAAAAUCUUCAUUUUUAGCGAUUUUCAGCAAUUUUACCAGAUUCAGCACAAAAUUCUGAUCUAUAAACCUGAAUUUUGACCUGAAAAUAAUUUUUUCAAAAAUUUCAAAUUUUUCAGCCAAAAAUGUUUCUAGACCCGAAUUUUGUGCUGAAAAUCAGGAAAUUCCCAUUUUUCAUGAUUUUCAGCACAAAAUUUCAACCGCGGAGCCAUUUUGGCUGGAAAAAUGUGAAAAAAAAUAAUAUCAGAUGAGAAAAUGUUUCUAGACCAGAAUUUUGUGCUGAAAAUCAUGAAAAUCAAGAUUUCCCCGAUUUUCAGCCCAAAAUCUCAACCAAAAGUAACGUGAUUCUUUCAGUGGUUCGGAAACUUGGUAACAAUGAAAAAUUGGAAUCAACUUUGGCUGAAUGAAGGAUUUGCCACGUUGUAUCAACUUUAUGGAGCAGAUAUUGCAAAUAGUGGAGCUUAUAAAUGGGUAAAUUUCGAAAAUAUCAAAAAUUUGAAGAAAUUUCUGAAUUUCAGGAUACCCAAUUCCUACUUAAUUCACAAAAAUCAGCAUUCGAUUUUGAAUUUGAGAGCCUCAGAAAACCGGAAAAAUUUAAAAAUCACCCAGUGUCCUUUAAACUUGGGGAAAAUGACAAUAUUCGAGAAUUUUUCGAUAGAAUAACCUAUAGAAAAGCUGGCUCAAUAUUACUUAUGAUUCGAAAAGUUAUCGGAACUUCGGUGUUUGAUAAAGCGAUUAGAAGUUAUCUGAACUCGAGUCAAUUUGAAAAUGUGGAUGAGGAUAUUCUAUUCAAACACUUUCAAGAUGCUUAUGAUAUUGAAAUACCGGGAAAAAGUUGGGAUUUGGCAGCAUUUGCGAAAUCUUGGACGGAAAAUGUGAUGUUUCCUGUGGUGAGAGUGGAAGAAUUUAAUGAAACACAUUUGGAAAUCAAGCAAAUGAAGCUGAGUUAUGAUAUGAAAACGAAGAGAAAAUUGUUGACUCCGAUAACAAAUCAAAGUUGGGAAAUUCCAAUUUUCUAUCGAAAAGAUCAAGAAGAAAAUGUUGAAUUUCUAUGGCUAAAGAAGAAUCCAAUAAUCAUCAAUGCUUCACAAAUUAUACUAAACAUUGAUUCAGAUUGUUAUUAUCGAGUUGAUUAUAAUGAAUCAAUAUGGAAUCUAAUUUCUGAGCAAUUAAAUGAAGAUGAAACUGUUUAUUCAGUGAAAACAAGAUUCAGAUUGUUAGAAGAUGCGAUGUUUUUCAAGAAACAUUUGGAAAUUGAUGAUUAUUUGAAGAAUGAAAAGGAAAAAUUGCCGAUUUUGGCGUAUUUAAAGAAAAAAGAGAAGAAUUGGAAGGUUUUUGAUAAACAUCGGAAAUUUAGAAAAGGUUGGCAAUUUAUAGAGGACAAUUAUAACAAGGAAAAUGAGAAAAUUGAUCAAGUGUGAGUUUUUUUUAGCAUUUUCCAAACAAUUAUAUAUAUUUCUAGAGAAACCACAUAUCAAAUAAUUGAAAUUGAAUGUAGAUUUAAGAAUUGUCUACCUGAUGCUCAAAAAUAUAUAGAUCAAAUGAAGAAAUGCGCGCCAAAUGUUCAAAUUUCGAAAUGUUCGAAAGUUCCCGGGCAAUUUCGACGAUUGGUUUAUUGCAUAGGAAAAGCUUAUGAUGAAGAAUUCCGAAAUCUAGUUGAAGAAUGGAAAAAAGUUGAGAGAAGAGCGUCGGAGAUUAGAUAUUUCAAUUCGAUCAAAAAUUGUCAGCCGAAAACCGAGAAAUCACGUUGAAAAUCAUGAGAUUUUCUAAUAAACCCUUUGAAAUCCACGUGGCAACAAAAAAUUCCAAAAAAAUCGAUAGUUUUCACGCGAAAAUGCAAAAUUUUAGGAGCAAAAACUGCAAAAAAAUGAAAAUAUAUUUUCAAGGGAGGCGCAAUUUCUAAUGUGUGUGUUCCCCGCAGCGAAAAAUUGGUUGGUGAAACGGUGAAGAGUGAGAAUGGAAAUCAAUGUGAGUUUUGAAUUUCGAAGUUUUAGCUGACAUUUUUGCGAUUUUCAGAUGAAAUUCGUCGAUUUUUGGGCGCUGGAGCGUUUGGGCAGAUUUAUGAGGUUCAUAAUGGAGAUGUGAGUUUUUUUUCGGGAAGAAUGGACAUUGAAUUUUGAAUGGAAAAACGAUAUUUUCGCCUGAAAAUCUAGUUUUUGACGAAUAAUUCGCUAGGAGAAAACGACGUAUCUUUUGAAUAUAAAUUCGAUGUGAAAAAUUCGAAAUUUUGAAAAGUGAACAUAGAUUUUUGUUGAAAACCCAGAAGUUUAUAUUUUCAUCCUAAAUCAACAUGUUCCUUUCAGCAACAACCGCUCGCAAUGAAAAUCAAUCGAAAAAUAAAAAUCGAGCAUCAUCGAGCUGAAACCAAUAUCAUGAAUAUGAUUGCGAAGGAAGCAGAAGCAAAGUGAGUUAGAUAAUAAAAUUUUCGGAAGAUCAGUUGCUUUUUUCAGAAACAUCGUGAAGAUACAUGAUUUCGGCGCGCUGAAAAACGAAAAAUCGACAGAAAGUGUAUACGACGGAUACAUCAUCAUGAAUCUGUUAGGCCCAUCGAUUUUUCAUGUUUUGGAGGCGGAAAAACAAGCUUGCUUUGAAAGUGAGAUUCAUUUUUCACAAUUAGAAACCAAAAAUCAAUAAUUUUUUAUAGAUUGCGACAUCCGUCAAAUCGGCUUUCAAGUUUGCACGGCUAUGGAAUAUCUAGAAAGCCGGGGGCUUGUACACCUGGAUUUGAAACCCGAGAAUGUUUGCUUUGUAAAAAUGAACAAUUCAGUGAGAUCUCGAACAAGCCAAGGCAAUCAUCGUUUUAUCAAAAUGGAGGAUAAUCAAACUUGCCUAAUUGAUUUCGGAACAGCAAGAAAAUUCGUUGAAUCAGAAUCAUGGGUAAAUGUCGAUGCGCAAACUCAAAAUUAUCGCGCCAUAGAAGUUUUUCUUGGUCUCGGCUUCAAUGAGAAAUCGGAUGUUUGGUCAUUUGGUUGCCUGUUAUUCGAAUUGUACACCGGACAACUUUUGUUUUUCGGUGAUGAGAAGGAGAAUUCGGAAGAAUCGCAAAUAGAUGUCAUACAAUCGGUUCUUCGAAGAGCGAUUCCGUAUUAUAUGUAUGAAAAAGCUUACGAUGUUGGGUGAGGAUUUGCGGGGGAUUUUUUGUUUCAAAAAAUUCGUAUUUUUCAGAAGCAAAAAGGUGAAAAUCUCGAAGACGGCACUUAGUUUUCAUCGAUUCAACUACACGCCGCUCUUGGACAUCGAACCGAUUUAUGUGAGUUUUCUAUCCAAAAAAUCCCCCCUCAAAAUCAAAAAAAAAUUUCCAGACAAAUGUACGACACAAUGAUUUGAUCGGAAUACAAUUAUUCAACCUGAUUCUCGAUUGUUUGGAAAUGGACCCAGAAGAUCGUCCGGAGUUCGCGGAUAUCAUCGAAAAUCGAUUUUUUGAUGAUGUUAAUGAGAUUGUCCAAAUUGAUUAA